AUGGACAACGAGAUUCAUCCUAUUAUUGAACUACCAACCAUUGUCGAUAUUGAGGCGUCGACUGAUGUCCUUAGUAUACGAACCAACGCCAUUAAAGUGGUUCGAGUAAAGGAACACUUCGUAGUCAAGAUUGGGUAUUUGAUCUCGCCUUUGGAAGCUGAGAACAUGAAAUUUGUUGCAGCCAACAGCAAGGUUCCUGUGCUAAAGGUUCACGCCAACUUUGUCGACCUAGAGACCCAGAAAAGAUAUGUCGUUAUGGAUUUCGUCUCUGGUAUAGACUUGCAAAAGUUAUUGUUAUUGUUUAUCCCAAUCGAGAAAACGACGGUUAGUAAGAGGAUUAAACAGGCGAUUAAUGAACUGCGAAUAUUACCAUCACCUGACUACUUUGGGAAUUUGAAUGGGACGCCUUACAUCGACGGUGUUCUUUCAACUCUUGAUAACGACCUAAUCAUUUCUGGGCUAUUCAAGGAUCAGAAGCAGAUGAAUCAAGGAAUACUGGAGAGAUUGGGCUAA